AUGUUGCAAUACUUAGCUAACAAAAGAGCAGAACCCACAUCGGUUCUAUGUUUUCGACGUGCUUUUAUUAUUAUUUCAUUAGGAAUAUUAGUUGGUUUCUUUGCAGUAUUGAUUUAUAAUUUGUUUAAUGCAAAACCUACCUUAAGUAGCAUUUAUACUUCAAGUGAUAUGAUACCUGUACCAGGUAAAAUGACUUUUAAUUUCAAUGAUCCAUUAAUAUCCGUUAGCAAGGAAGAUGGUGUUGAUAUUAAUCGCCCAUUAGUUGGAAAGUUUUUGCCAAAAGGCCAAUUGGUUCUGAAUGUGACUAAAUUUCAAUGGGUUGAAAUUGCAAUAAAUAUCACAGAGCCUGUUGAUAAAGGAGAAUGGCUCAUGGCGAUGUAUGCAUUUGAUUCAGGUAUCGUGGGAGCUAUUGCUGGUUAUUAUUCCCUUUUAAUGACUAUUUACGUAAUUUUAUUUGGUGAUAAGUUCAUCAAACCAUUUGGUCUUGUACAUAACGGUUGCUGUGGAUUAUUCAAAGGAAUCACUAGAAAAACUAAAAAGAAUAUCGAAUCUAAAAUUGCAACAGGUUCACCUGAUACACAAGAUGCUGAUUUUAUUCUUAGAUAUGUUAUUGGUGCUCCGAUAUAUGAAUCCAUUAAAGCUGAUCAAAGAUAUAAUAGGCUCAAUAAUAAUAUUGCUGAAGGUCAAGAGGAAAAUCACCCUAACGUUCAAAUCGUUGGAGAAGUUAAUCAUAUUGUUGAAGGUCAAGAUGAAAAUCACACUAACGUUCAAAUCGUUAAAGAAGAUAAUCACCUUAGCGUUCAAACUGUUGGUCAAGAGGAAAAUCACCCUAACGUUCAAAUCGUUAAAGAAGAUAAUCACCUUAGCGUUCAAACUGUUGGUCAAGAGGAAAAUCACCCUAACGUUCAAAUCGUUAAAGAAGAUAAUCACCUUAACGUUCAAACUGUUGGUCAAGAGGAAAAUCACCCUAACGUUCAAAUCGUUAAAGAUAAUCACCUUAACGUUCAAACUGUUGGUCAAGAGGAAAAUCACCCUAACGUUCAAAUCGUUAAAGAAGAUAAUCACCCUAACGUUCAAAUCGUUAAAGAAGAUAAUCACCUUAGCGUUCAAACCGUUGAAGAAAAUAAUCAUAUUGCUGAUGGUCAAGAGGAAAAUCACCCUAACAUUCAAAUCGUUAAAGAAGAUAAUAGCCUUAGCGUUCAAACCAUUGAAGAAAAUAAUCAUAUUGUUGAAGAUCAAAAGGAAAAUCACCUUAGCGAUCAAAUCGGUAAAGAUAAUCACAUCAUACAUAUUGCUGAAUAUCAAGAGAAAAAUGAUUUUAGCGAUCAAAUCAUUAAAGAAGAUAAUCACGUCGUACAUAUUCCUGAAGAUCAAGAGAAAAAUGACUUUAGCGAUCAAAUCGUUAAAGAAAAUGAUCACAUUUGA